AUGAAGAGGCUCUUUGUGGCAUUCCUGCUAAUCUUUGCUCUUCUCCUUAGCAAUUCCUUCAUUGAACCAACAAUGGGGGUCUCAGUGUAUUGCACCCGCGAAUGCAAGGCUAGGUGCGCUAAGGCUGGUGUGCGGGACCGAUGCUUGAGGUACUGCAAAAUAUGCUGUGGAAAAUGCAAGUGUGUUCCUUCAGGAACACAUGGAAACAAGCACCAGUGCCCUUGCUAUAGGGACAUGAAGAACUCCAAGGGGAAGGCCAAGUGUCCUUGACCUAUAGAUUCAGGAACAAAAUAAAGGUGCAUGGUUCAGGUUCAAGGUGUAAUUUUCACAGUAUAUGUCCAACACAUCGUUCUUGCUCAUGUUACCAGUGAUCGAGAUAGAUGUAUUUCUAAAUAAGAGAUCCAUUACGUGGG